AUGUUACUCAUGGAGCGGGUUACUUUUUGUGUUGUAGUUUUGUUAUGUUCCGUUUAUGCUGAUGUAUUGCCAAAAACUUCGUACUACACAAGUAGGUUACUGUAGUUUCUUUUAACAAACAACAUUUUACUGUAGUUUUUCCCAAAAGACCCAAAUUAUGGUAACUUUUUUAACAAUUUUUUGACUCAUCUAGAGUAAUAUUGUGUUUCAAAAGGUUUAUGAGUUUUGUUUUUGCAAUAAACUUAGUUGUGUAUAAUACUCGAAUUACUGCAGGCGAUCGUGUCCUUGAAUGCAUAAAUUAUGGACCGAACGUUACAAGAUGUUCACUCAAGGAAGAAGGUCGGAAUACCGAAUUGAAUCCUGGAUGUUUCGAGGAACAAACCGAAGUAAGUGUGAAAAUACUUGACCAAACGGAGUAUCAUGACAAUGUAAAAAUUUAAAAAAAUAAUAAAAAGCAGAUUUUAUAGUCAAAAUUACUCAAGUACUAUAAGAUAAUUGCAGGCAUAUUCAAACUGAUAACAUAAUUUUUCCAUAAAUCCGAAUUAAAACUUAAAAUAAGGCUUUUAGAAGAAUAAAACAAGAGUAUACUGUAGACUAAACUGUGAAGAGUCAGAUGAAACUACAGUAUUGGCAAAAGUACCUGGAGCUAACCACAAGUGCAACAACUUCUUUACUUAUCAUUUGGAGAGGAGGAGGAGAGAUUGGUACGUUAGUUAUCUUACUUUUUUCAAUAAUAGUGAAUUUCUUAAGUACUAACACUACAUCUUAAAUAGUACCACAUUGUUUGACUUAUGAACAAUCAAAAGAGCCAAAAAUGAUAUUAUCUUUAUUGUUUGUAGCUGAAAUAACUGACUUCCAAGCUUGAAUUCAGGUCAAUCAAACUUUAGUUUAGGGUCAUGUUUUUAUGUCAUCGCUAUCAAAACAUUAAACCAGUGAUAUGAUUAAUGCCGGUUUGUCGCAUUCGACUUGUUUCUAGGUACAUCUGGAGAUCCGGAGAGUGUAUUUCGACGACGAUCAGCUUCCAAGUCCGCUGCGGAUUCCCCAAAGACCCACGCCAGUUCUAUGCCCAAUAUAAACAACUGUUCGAGUAUGAUGAAGGUGAUGUUCCCCUCGACACGGACGCCAAGCGUCGAUCAUAA